GAUGGAUGACGUGUACGUGAGGGUCCUUCUGACUUCCGGGUUUGUAUAAACAGAUAUCAAGCGGAGUCGCCUCGCCCAUAAAGAUGUCUAAAGUAACGUUUAAAAUCACCCUGACGUCGGACCCCCGGCUACCAUACAAAGUACUAAGUGUCCCAGAGAGCACACCAUUCACAGCGGUUUUGAAGUUUGCAGCUGAGGAGUUUAAAGUGCCGUCAGCAACCAGUGCAAUAAUAACAAAUGAUGGAAUAGGAAUCAACCCGGCUCAGACUGCAGGGAAUGUGUUUCUGAAGCACGGCUCAGAGCUUCGCCUCAUUCCAAGAGACAGAGUGGGAGGACAAGGAGACUGAUGCUGCUUUUCCUCGUCGACAUCGGCAUAAUGACUCACGCGGCAGAUUCAUGUAACGCUCGAGACCCAGGAAACACCUCAGCGUGUGUCAUUUUUAUUUUCUGGCCCACCACUGACAGUGACUCACAUGAGAGUAUAUUUAAACACAUUGAUGACGUGCGCAUGUUCCCUGUGUUCAAAAGUUUGGAGUAACAUCAGGAGAGAGUAAGAGAGUAAUGAAUUCACACAACACAGCAUCUACAUCCCAGGAAAGAUCAGCAAACAACUGAGUCAGCUGACUUUUGUAUCUUUGUAAAUGACAAUAAAGAAUCCAUAUGACCAACAGCA